CUCGGAUGCACACGCCUGGGCUCCCGGCGCCUGACGCCACCCGGAGGGCAGCGGGGCCCCAGGUACCUAUUACACCAUUCUUUGGCAAAAUCUCUUCAGCAGUGGUGACCUCUUCCAGUACAACACUCUACGAAUUAUUACCUCUGGACUCCCAGCUGACACCCUGCCGGAGGCAAGAGCUACUAAGCCAACUGGAACUGUGCCUUUUCUCUUGUCAAGUUUUUUUUCUUACACAGGAAAAAGAAAGAAAAAAAAGAGAUGAAGUUAGGCAAAGUGGAGUUCUGCCACUUUCUGCAGCUAGUUGCUCUUUUCCUGUGUUUUUCUGGGAUGAGUCAAGCGGAGCUCUCAAGGUCCAGGUCGAAGCCCUACUUCCAAUCAGGAAGGCCCAGGACCAAGCGCAGUUGGGUGUGGAACCAGUUCUUCGUGCUGGAAGAAUACAUGGGCUCAGACCCUCUCUAUGUAGGAAAGCUUCACUCUGAUGUUGAUAAAGGAGAUGGUUCCAUCAAAUACAUCUUGUCAGGUGAAGGGGCGAGUUCCAUUUUCAUUAUUGAUGAGAACACUGGGGAUAUUCAUGCGACCAAAAGACUGGAUCGAGAGGAGCAGGCCUACUACACGCUCCGAGCUCAAGCCCUGGACAGACUCACCAACAAGCCCGUGGAGCCAGAGUCAGAAUUUGUCAUCAAAAUUCAGGAUAUCAAUGACAAUGAGCCCAAGUUUUUGGAUGGACCGUACACAGCAGGAGUUCCCGAAAUGUCUCCUGUGGGGACUUCCGUGGUUCAGGUGACAGCAACGGAUGCUGAUGACCCUACAUAUGGGAACAGUGCUCGGGUGGUGUACAGCAUUCUGCAAGGACAGCCGUACUUCUCAGUAGAGCCAAAAACAGGAAUCAUCAAAACUGCCCUUCCAAACAUGGAUAGAGAAGCUAAAGACCAGUAUUUGCUUGUCAUUCAGGCAAAGGAUAUGGUUGGCCAAAAUGGCGGACUGUCAGGAACUACAUCCGUCACUGUGACCCUAACUGAUGUCAACGAUAACCCACCUCGUUUUCCUCGAAGGUCUUACCAAUACAACGUGCCAGAAUCUUUGCCAGUAGCCUCAGUAGUGGCCAGAAUUAAAGCUGCUGAUGCAGACAUAGGAGAAAAUGCUGAAAUGGAGUACAAAAUUGUCGAUGGUGAUGGAUUGGGAAUUUUCAAGAUAUCUGUUGACAAAGAUACACAGGAAGGCAUAAUUACUAUUCAGAAGGAACUGGAUUUUGAAGCCAAAACUAGUUAUACACUACGGAUAGAAGCUGCAAAUAAAGACGCAGAUCCUCGCUUUCUGAGCCUGGGGCCAUUCAGUGACACAACCACUGUGAAGAUCAUUGUAGAAGAUGUGGAUGAGCCCCCCGUGUUCUCUUCACCUUUGUAUCCCAUGGAGGUGUCAGAAGCAACCCAAGUGGGGAAUAUCAUUGGCACAGUUGCAGCACACGACCCAGACGCUUCCAACAGCCCUGUGAGGUAUUCAAUUGACAGAAACACAGACUUGGAGAGGUACUUCAAUAUUGAUGCCAACAGUGGAGUUAUUACAACUGCAAAAUCUUUGGAUCGAGAGACAAAUGCCGUUCAUAACAUCACGGUCCUUGCAAUGGAGAGCCAGAAUCCAUCUCAGGUAGGAAGAGGUUAUGUGGCCAUCACAAUCCUGGACAUCAACGACAAUGCCCCAGAGUUUGCCAUGGACUACGAGACCAUGGUCUGUGAAAAUGCACAACCUGGACAGGUCAUCCAGAAAAUCAGUGCUGUGGAUAAAGAUGAGCCAUCCAAUGGACACCAGUUCUACUUCAGCUUAACGAUGGAUCCAACAAAUAAUCACAACUUUUCCUUGAAAGAUAACAAGGUGCUGAUCCUCCUUAUCAUCACCAUGAGAAGACGGAAAAAAGAGCCCCUCAUCUUUGAUGAAGAAAGAGAUAUCAGAGAAAAUAUUGUUAGAUAUGAUGACGAAGGCGGAGGAGAGGAAGACACUGAAGCAUUUGACAUGGCCGCACUGAGAAACCUCAAUGUCAUAAGAGAUACGAAGACCCGGAGGGAUGUGACUCCAGAGAUUCAGUUCUUGAGUCGACCAACUUUUAAAAGCAUCCCAGAUAAUGUCAUUUUUCGGGAAUUUAUAUGGGAAAGACUGAAAGAAGCUGAUGUUGAUCCAGGUGCACCCCCAUAUGACUCUUUGCAGACCUACGCCUUUGAAGGGAAUGGCUCGGUUGCAGAGUCACUCAGCUCUUUGGAUUCCAUCAGCUCAAACUCUGAUCAGAAUUAUGACUACCUAAGUGACUGGGGCCCCCGCUUUAAACGACUCGCCGAUAUGUAUGGAACUGGCCAGGAGAGUUUGUACUCAUAGCCCAAGAACCUUAACUUGAAAUGUACUGAAGAAAAAGUAACAUCAAAGAACACUACACACAGAAAGAAAGAAAGAACUCCAUGAGUUGGAGGAAAGUGAUUGUAAAUAUGUCUCCAUUUUUAACUGUUUAGGUUUCUGCCUUGGUGAAGCAUAUCUUCAUUAGACUUAUCCAAGGGACUGCACUGACCACAGACUCUGAGCAUUUGAAGGUUUUUUAAUAAAAAUAAAUGCUCAAUAGUUUGUGAAUAGAUAGCAACUCUAAUAUACCUGCAAAAGCACCUAAUCUCCAUGAGUAAAGAGUGCACGGUGUUCCUAGUGCACUACUGAGGUCCUGGACAUACCUGCAUGGUACUGUCAAUAAGAGGAGUGGAACACUCUCGGUAAGAGGAAUAUACCAUGAAAAAUUCCUGAAACUUCUUGCAUUUCAAAUUUACUUGGCACAAAUUUACUUUAUGGCAAAGCUUCUAGCUUGCUAAUAUGAUAGAAUUCAGCAGAAUUUUAUUACUGGUGGUUAGAAAAAGUAUUUUAUUUAGCAAUAUAUAAAUUCUCAGAAUACCUUCCCUAUAUGAAAACCCUUCAAUAAAAGCCAGUAAAAUUUGGUAUGAAGCAAAAAAGCCAUUCUUUCAACCACUAAACAAUGAAAUGUUCCAAAAGAAAGGAAAAGGUAAACAAUUCUUCAAGUUUGCAUAGCUUUGAGAUGCUUGUGGAGGUAUAAUUUUAUAUAAAAAAGUUGCUGUCUAUUCAUUUAAGAUUCUAUUAUCUCUUCUGAUUUGUACAGGAGAAUACCUUCUCUUUUUUAUUUGACACAUGGUAUUAUAUUUAUUUCAGAGCUCCAUUUUCCACUAAAUUCAGGUCCAUCUUCCUGCCUCAUGAGAUGCAUUGCCUCUGACCCUGCUCUGUUCUCUCCAACCUGAGCUACAGGAAGGUGAUGAAGCAAGGAAAUGGAGAAAGAAUAGGACAGCAAUUGAGCCUUGUCACAGUCCACAUCUCAAAGGGGAGCUCAGCUACAGGGACAUAGAAAUGGUUGUUCCUAGCCAUUAGAAUGUACCAACUAUCUGAGUGCAAUACUUUUGUUUUUAGAAAGCCAUCAGAGAGAAUUGGAAUUUUCUUUGACACCAGAUUUAUUUUGCAGAGUUGUGAGUUCUUUACGUUUCAAAGAUGUUGAAGAAUUGCUUUCUCAAAUUCUUGCUGGAAGCAUAUUAACAAAAGGCUGAAUUUUUUAAAAAACAAUAUAGCAUAAGUUUCAAGCCCAUUUUUAAAUUCUAACACAAAUGUUUCCCUGAAGAACUAAGCAAGUGUUGUGUAAUUCCUCUUGUGGUUUGGUUGUGACAAAGAGAAAUUGCAAGUAAUCUCUUGUGCUUAAGUUUGAGACAAAUACCUUAGUGUAAAACUUUUUUAAAAAAGUCAAAAAUUAUUUAUUUUUCUUGGAUUAAUGUUUGUUUGAUGUGCUUAUAGUCAAGUAAGAAUGGAUUUAUUUUCCCCUAUAUUCUGCUUUUAGAAAUAAACAGUCCUUUGCUGGGCUCCUAACAAUCUAUGGAUAGUGAACACUGUAGGAAAUUGUAUUCCAUAAGUUCUUCUUUCUACUAGGAAGACUCUGGAACCAGAAUUUAAUAUGCUGAUUACAUAAAGAGAAGCUAUGUAGGAUUAUGUGAACUUGAAGUCCAUCUGUAGAAGUGCAGUGUGUGAAAGUGGCCUUCAGUUUCAUAAGAAUUAAUAAUUCAAUAAUUUUGAAUAUCUGCAAACACAGCAUUAAUUUGAAUAAAGAUUUUUAGAUGUUUCAUGACCAGCUAGAUAUGCUUCUUGCUAUAUGAAUAUGCAUUGAUAUAAAGAAUUUAAUAUGACAGUGUAAAAAAUAGUUUAUAUCAUUUAGUGACACGUGCAAGUUUUUCAUAUAAAAAUAGUAAUCUUACAUGUUCAAAGAAACAAGGCUGUGAUUCAAGAAUUACACAGAUUUUAUAUCUGCCAGGUGCUGAAGAAACACUUUUGUCACAAUUUCCUUAUUGUCUGAAAGAAGAUAAAGUAACUUUGGAUUAUGGUUUCAAGAAUGCUGAAUGUUUUACACAUCACUAAAUAAAGAUUUGGAAAUACUGUAGAAAAGACACGUCACAU